UAUCAGCUAUGAAUCUAUGAUUGCCUAUUCGUUUUCGCCUUUUCGGUAUCAAAAACGCACAAACGCCAAAACCCAAUAGCCACUAGCCUGCCGUAGUGCCGUGUUGUAACUGUUGUAACUUGUACUUCUUUGUAGACUGUAGUUACUAUAAAAUAGUAAAUUAUUUAUUGUUUUGUUACUUCUUACUUGUUGUCAGUGUCCAGUGUUAAGAUUAACUGUUUGAUGGCCGUUGAAAAUAUUCUAUUAAUUAAUGAUAUUGUAUUGUCAUAAUUAGGUCGCAAUACGUGCCUGCGUUUGAAUUUAAUUCACAGUUUACGAAGAUACAACUAACUACUUGACAUUAUGGCUCUUGAGAAGUAAGUUUGAUUUAAAUCAUUAUUUUCUGUUUUCUUAUAAAACUGUCCAGAUAACAAAUAUAUUGAGUGAGAUUUGUGUUUUGAGUUGAAUAUUUGUCAAUAAAAUGACGAAUCGAACAAAUAGAGCUUUGGAAUAUUACAAUGAUUAUAUCGACUGUACACAAAACUUACCUUUGGACAUACAGCGGCACGUAACGCAGAUGCGUGAAUGUGAUUUGGAGUACCAAGAAAUGAUGUCAAAGAUCAAAGAGUUGACAGACAAUUUAGACGGUUCUAUGUCUACAUUAAAUUCUGAAAAAUUGACAAAGCUAUUAGUAACCGGUUUAAAUCUAGGGGAUAAAAAAGUGCAAACUGUUCAACAUAUAUCUGACUUGGUAGAUGAUAAAGUCAGACGCUUGGAAAAUGGUAGGAAAUAUUUGACCUCUUCUAAGGAACCUGAUGCUCCCAAACCAAGUAUCAAAGAAAAACCAGAGAGCAGUAAUUGUUCCAAAGAUCGAUGCUUACCAAGCACUAGUACCAGUACUGUUUCUAAAGAACUGAAGAAACGCAACACUGAUAAUGAUAGUAACGAAUCUAACAAUGAUGCAAAACUUGCAAAACGACCCAGACGUAACAGAGCUGAUGAGCCAGAUUACAAAGAAAUUUCGGAUGAUGUGGUGGCAUUGACAGCUUCACAACAUUCCAAUACACCUUUGCCAAGAGCCACAGCAACAGCGCAAGUACAAUCUCAAGUCACAAUGAAAAAAGCAACUCAAAAAACAGAUACAAAAACCAAAAAGAAGGGAAAAUAUAAGAAACAACAGAAGGACAAUUCACCAUCAUUGGAUGAUGAUGAUGAUAUAGCUGUCGAUCCAGAUGAACCAACUUAUUGUCUUUGUGAUCAGAUUUCAUACGGAGAGAUGAUAUGUUGCGAUAAUGAUUUAUGUCCAAUAGAAUGGUUUCAUUUUUCAUGUGUUUCAUUAUCGACAAAACCAAAAGGCAAAUGGUUUUGCCCCAAGUGCCGUGGAGAUCGUCCAAAUAUAAUGAAGCCUAAAGCGCAGUUUCUCAAGGAACUUGAACGAUACAAUAAAGAAAAAGAGGAUAAAGCUUAAGAUUUUGUUUUGAACAUAAUCGACAAUCUACUUAAUUUAAUUUGAAGUUUAUAAAACAUAUUAACAAUUAAAUAAUAAAUUAUCCCAUAUUUGAUUUACGUAUUAGACUAUAAUAUGCAUGCCAAAUUAAAGUUUAUGUAUAUAUUAUUCGAUAUUAUUAUAUGAGUUAGAAGUAAGAUAAAUUAUAAAUAUUAUUAUUUAAACUUAAUAUUAUUUAAACAUUCAAUGCAUGCAAAUUUAUCAAACUUAAUAGAUAGAUAAUUUGAUAUUAUUCGAUAACAUGUAUAUUUAUAUAUAUAUAUAUAUAUAUAUAUAUCUAUAACAGUAAUAAUUUAGUAAUACUUUUUAUAUUAUAUAAUUAUUUUUAUUAUUUUUAUAAAAUCAUUGUAAACCUAAACUAUUACAAUACUAUUUAAGCUAAUUAGUUUAAUAAAUUAAAUAUAUAAAAUGUAAAUUUUAUUUUCUAGAAAAAUAACAUGUUAUACCUAAGUGCCCUCAAAAAUUUUAUUGUUAUUAUAUAUAUAUAUAUUUUUUUUAUAACUCCUUACUUACUAUUCUAUUUUAUUAUUGUCAUCAAUACACAUUAUUUCAUUUUUAACUCCCUUGUUUUUAACUUCUUCUUAUUAGAACAGAGUGCAGUUUCAUAUUGGAUUUUGUUGAGCUUGCCCAAUCGGCUGGCGUCAAAAUUUCACCACAUGUUGUGAGUGCAAUGUUAGAACUAUUAGACAUAGGGUACUCUCCGUCAACCGUUAGAAAAGUGUGCCGCGAAAUUGCCAAGUAUAAAAGUCGACAUGAGAAAACUGGUACUACGAUGAAUAGUACCAGCUGAAAAUAAAACCAAUAUAGUUUGCUUAUUUUUUUUUUUAACAUUUUAUGACAAUUUUGUGAAAAAAAAAUAAUUAGGAUAAUAUACAAUUCAUCACCAUUUAUAAAUUGAAAAUGUAUUAUGUUUAGUUUUUUAAUUUGUAUAAAAAUCUUCGACAAAAAUAGAAAUCCCCCUGUCAAAUAUUACAUGAACAAUUUAUAUUUAUAUAAUUAAUAUUUAAAUUUAUAGAGUUAAAUGUUAUUACGUUUUAUGUUAAAUAAAAGAAAAAAAAUUGAGUAAUUAAAAUUUAGAUAUUAAUAUAUAAUUUUUAUAAAUAAUUAAACCUGUAAUUAAAAUUGUAAUUUUGGUUUCAAUAAAACUAAUUGUUUUUUCAUAGCUCUUAUAAAAUUAUAUUAA